CAUGAUCAUGAAUGAAUUAUGAUAUUCCUCUACACUAAAUAUAUUCCCUCCAAAAAAGAAACCAAAGUUCUGCGCGGCAGAACAUAGAAUUAAGGAAGGGGAAUCAGGGUAUCUUUUACCACAAAUAGUGAGAAACACAAAUUUCAAUUAGUCAACUCUGUUUUGGUUUGAGAAUGUGAGAUCAGACGGAGGGAGGAGAAAGAAAAACAGGGCAAGGCAGGUUGGCUGGCUGACUGCUUGUAGUGCGGCUGCAUAUUAAGAAAGAAUAAAUGAAUAAUCCCUUCCCAAGUUGAUGUUGUUGUUGGUUGCUGUUGAUGAAGAAAAACCAAAAACCUUAUCUAGUUAUCUAUUAUCCGUUCCAUCAUCAUCUUUCACAGUUCACCUCCUUUUUUUCAAUUUUUUUUUCUUUCUUCCCUUCUUCUUCUGUGGACCUGCUACCAUAUGCAUGGGUCCUCAUUUCUUUACUCUCUCACACACUCACACAGUCAUCAGAAUAUGGUCAUACAAAAAGGACUAAAGGUCAAAGAACGAUGGAAAUGAAGGCAAUGGGGGGCAGAAUAACUGAAUUAAGGGCAGGCAAGGCAGAGUGAGGCAGGGGAGUAGUACUAAGUACUGCUACUACUAGUGUUAGUAAAAAGAGCCAGUUUUUAAUAUCCCCCAGUUUGGUGGGGCGGGACACGUGGUUUAGUUAUGGCAACAUGUCCACUUGGCUUAAUGUCAAGAUACCAUCUGUAGUUGUUCAAAUAUUAUGAAAGAAGAGGAAUAGAAUUUCUGGACUUGGUAAAUGUUUAAGGACCAAAAAUGGGAUGGAUAGAUAUGGAAAUAUGGUUACCAAUACUUGCUUGGCGAAAGUGGUAAGGUAUUUUGGUUCUCUUUAGUGAUGUUUUGGAUUCGAAUGUUGUGAAUGGAAAUAGCAAUAUUGGGAGAGCUUUUCCUCCAAAAGAAGACCGAUCCGACUCGGUGCGAAUUAGUCUGAGUGCAAUGCUACUGUUAAUUAACAAAAGAGAGGAUUACUGUGUUUACAAAGAAUGUGGGGUAACUGUGUUUUUUGAUUUGGGUUUCAACUUUUUGUAUUACUACAAAGGACUGUUGUUAAAAAAAAGAGAGGAUUAGUAGUUUUAUGGGGGCCUAUAAAUAGGAGUGCCCUGCAUUUCGUUUUCUUCACCCUAACAAUCACCACUACUGAGAAACUUCACGUGUCUGCACCUAUCCAUCAACAAAUCACAAGUCUUUCUUCUUCUUCUUCUUCUUCUAAUUCAUUAAUUUCAUACAUCGAUCUCUGCCUCUUUUUCAGCCCUGCUGCUUAUAAUUAUAAAUAUUAUCCUAUACCAAGAGAUAUAGUGCAUGUGCCCUUAUCCAUUAAUUGGAAGUUUUCUGUUUAUUGUUGGUUAGUUGGGAGUUGGAAGUUUCUGUUCAAACGUUUUCUGGUUCAUAAGGGUUUAUAUAUAUAUAAUACCCUUCUGUUCGGUUCUUUUUUAUAUAAAAUCCGGCGGCAGUUUUUUGUUGGUUGGUUGAGAAACAGAGGAAGAGGAGAAAUAAUGGCCGAGAAGGGAAAGCAAGUGGGAGGUUCAUCUUCGUCAUUUACUGUGGAUCUGUUUGGUCCCAUUGACUCCUCUAAAUCUUCCUCGUCAAGUGGGCUGUUUGGUUCUGUUUUUGGGCCAUCCUCCACGGUACUUACUCCCGCACCACUUUUUUUUUUUUAUUCAGCUCUUUCCAAGUCUUAAUGCAUGCAUUUUUUCUUCCCAUUUCUCUUCUGUUAUGUUUUAUUUGGGUGGAUUUCCUCCUUGAGAUUUUCAGAUGCAAGUCUUUUUGCUGUUCGUUCUUGAUGUCUUUGUGUAGUUUCUUCAAGAUAUUGCUGAGUUUUUUUGUCGAUUGAGCUAAAUAAAUGUGGAUAGAGAAGUUGUAUUCCCACAGAAAGGGGUCACAUUUACAUUUUUGUUUUAUAUUCAUGUUUUUACAGCAUGACAUUGAGUUUCACCAAGGAAACAACUUUUUAAGUUGAUGACAUUUAUUUGAUCAACAAAUGCAUCAAGUUGAUUGCUUUGGGUUUUUGAUAUUUCAGGGGCUUGGAAAGGAUUCCUCAUAUCCUGGAAGAAAGCAUGAUUAUGGGAGUCAAUACGGCCAUGCCAAACAUGGAACCACAGAGUAUUCAAGUCAGAGGGGAAGGGCAGACGGUAGUGGCAAAGUGAACGCUGAGAGGAAUUCCGUUUAUCAAAAUGAAUCAACAGAACCCUGCUAUUUCAGCUCGUCAAUUUACUAUGGUGGCCAAGAAGUUUAUUCUCCUGCUGGCCAGACUACUAACCCUCCGCCCAAUUUCAAGAAAGAUGGUGGGGAUGAUGAUCCUAAUGGGAACAAUUCGAGCUCUGCUUCCAGAGGAAAUUGGUGGCAGGGUAAGUAACCCUUCAAUGAACAGAGGACAUGAAAUAUGAAUAUCCUUCUUCAAGUGUUAUUUCUUCACCGAGAAAUUUUGCUAAUUGCCUUUUCUUUGUAAAUCAUUGCAGGGUCUCUGUAUUACUGAUCAGGAUAUUGUUGUUGUCUAACGUCAAUAACCCAUUAACAAACAGGUAACUUUACCGCAUCUGAAUGUUAAACUCUUGGACAAUGUUAUUGUACAACUUGGAGCUUACCUAAAGUUCGUAUUUGUCAAAUAUAUUUGCAGGGAUCAACUGACACGGUUUCUUUUGGAUUAUGAAUCGUGACCAGAUGUUAGAGAGUAGAUGUGAUCCUUGAAGUUAGAAUUUGGUUGUUGACUUAAUAGUAGCCAUUUUCAGAGUUGCUGUUGUUCUUCCUUGUUUCUUGUAUUACGCGUAGUAGCCUCUCCUCGAUCCCUCUCUUCUGGGAUUCUGCUCAUCUAUGUGUAACUGUCUUGUACAUGAAAUGUUUUGCUUAAAUAAAAAUGCUUCAAUUGCAUCC